AUGAUGAUCUAUGAUGAUGUCAGACGGUGUCGCCGUUGCAAACGUAGAAGAAUGGACGAUGAGCCACCAGAAGUACAACAAUACAAAACCUGUGCCAAGUGUCGGAUCAUCGAACGCACAAAGAAGAAGUCGCGCAAGCCGCUAGCCGAAGAGACCAUGCGUUACGGCAUGCGCCAGUUCCAGGAGCAGAACCAAAGCACAGAAUUCAUGGGCGAUGACAUGUUCGCCAACGAUCCAUAUAAUGAUAUAGAUACGCCCGGAGACUCGGUGGUGGGAAGUCCGCAGCAGCCGUACCAUUCUAAAACAGGCGACAUUCUUCCUCACCAGGACGGGCAUGUAGGAACCAACGGGAACGGAUAUGGGUAUGAUAGUUUACCUCCGCCACCACCGCCUCAUUCUACGACAUCAGCGUCUGCAAUGCGGCCAGCAACGGUCAUUUCGAAGCCUGCAUCCAUUGCGCCUUCUGGCCCUCAAAACACAGCUGCUUCGACUGCUUCCACUGCAAUUGGCGGAUUGAAGAACCGGGGCGCCGACUUCCUGAAUAGACCAAAGCCGGUUCUGCGCCAAUACAGAGACCCAUAUAAGCAAUUUCUGCGGCUUCAAACCCCCGAUCGGUCACGGCUUCCUCAGGUCUCCAAUUGUGAGAUCUGUUCUGCCCUGGUCAACCCGGAUGUGCCCUUGAGUGCCAUCUAUCGAUUAUGUGAUGCGUGCUACGCAGAUCCAUACUCACAACCUUUGGUUUUUGACGAUUUCAACACGUUUUUGCUGAAAGCUGUCGCGGACAGAGAGUAUUUGUCCUACAAGUAUGUAGCUGAAAUCCCCAAGGAGACUGUAGAAUCGCUACUCAAUGGUCGCCAUAUCGGGUCCGAGGACCAGUUCCGAAAAGCUCUCAUGGAGUCGUUUGCCCUGAUUUACAUGGACCCGGUGUUGGCGCUGUUGGCACCGCUCAAGUUCACUCGUCUCGUGCAAAACGUCGGCGAGAUGAACAGCAUACGGCCUGUGGUUCUGCAGUACAGCCAGCAAUUGCAUUACCCCUUCACACUGCCCUUGCGGUUGGCUUACGGUGUCAAUACCGAUUCGGAGAAAACCCGCGUGGACAUGCUAUUUGUUCCCGAAACGAACAUCAUCAUAAUUAAAAAGAAGACCCAGGCCAUUGCGCCCACAUACAGCUCGUCGUUCUUGAGGAACUUGGAUGAGCAAUGGAAGAACUCGGGUCUUGGGUUCGAUGCUUCUCCGCUAGACGUGUUUUCGGCGCUUAAAAUCACUAUAAGCCGUGACCAGUUCGUGCGUGAUUUCCACGGCUUGGUAAAACAGAUCAAGGCCCUUCGAGUUGCAGAAAACGGUGUUCACAACAAGCAUCCUGUGGCCAACACUGUUGUCAGAAGUGAAGAGCUUGUCAUUUAA